UGUAAACUUAUAAUAUUUUAAAUUUAAACUAAAAACAGUAAAAAAGAACAUCCCCAAGAUUUUCCACAUCAAAAGAAGGGCAUAAUUGUCACAUAAAAAAAAAACACACAAUUGGCAUAACAAGAGCCCUACCCUACCUUACAGCCCCUGAGUUACAUGUUGCUAAAGACAAACAGCAUUUCGUCAGCAUCCAUUAAACCCUUUCCUCUCUCUCGUUAUCUUUCUCUCACUCACUCACAUAUAGUACUUCUUACCUUGCAAUCAAAUAGCUCUUCGUAGGCCACCCCCACCCCCACCCCCUCCAUCACAACCAAGCAAAGCUAAGCUCUUUUCAUUUAUCAAACACUUUCAUUUACCAUCCCAAAAUAAACCUGCUGUAUGACUCAAUAGCCAUGUCUUGGCAAGUGUUGUUAUCUUGAAACAAAGAGAAAAACAAAACAAUGGACACAGCAGAGAGACCCCAUCGUACAACAAGUAGCAAUAGCAGCACAAGUGAGCUCUUUGUGUGUUUCACUUCACGUUUGUCUUCUUCAUCCAUGAAGCUCUCUUCCAAGUCCAUUCUCAGCCCAAGCCGCACUAGAGACCCUCCUCAGAUUUCUCUUUCUACUUCCCUUAGCAGAAGGCUCAAGAGCAACGGUAGCAUGAAAGGAGGACAAGCUUCUCCAAUGUUUCCAACUGGUGGCAAGAGAAGAGGGUGUGGCUUUGAGAAUCCUGAACCUUCAUCCCCUAAAGUAACAUGUAUUGGACAAGUGAGGGUGAAGACUAAGAAACAAGGGAAGAAGAUGAGGGUAAGGUCAAAGAGAAGAGGUGAAGCUAGCUUCAGGAAGACAGAACAAGGUUUCCAAGUUGGUGCUGCAAAUCCAGAUCUCACUAGACAAAACAGCCAAAGCUUUCAGUAUCAGAAUCACCAGAAUCUUCAACAAGAGUGCUUGAAGCAUAGGAAUCAAAGAUGGGUGCAUCUUCCCUUGACAAUUUGUGAGGCCUUGAGGGAGUUCAGCUGCUUCUUUCCUUGUAGGUCUUCUUGCACGUCAAGUGAGAGAGAGAAAGAGGAGAAGGGUGGUGGAGGUUCUGUUGAAAGAGGAUCUGGUGGAGUAGAUGAUAGAGAGGGUUCAUGUGGAGCUGCAUUUGCAAGAUGGGUGGUGGCUUUGCAAGAAGGGGAGGGGAAGGGAAGAGGGAUUGAGUUGGUGGUGGAGGAGGAGCAAGAGAAUGAUGGUGAUGGAAGAGGGAAAGGUGAGAGAAGUUGCAGCCAGAGAAGGCACGUGUUUGAAGACAUUGAUAUUGAUUUGGUGGAAGGGAAGAAGAAUGAUGAGUUGGUAGGAGGAGAAGAAGAAGAGAAAGCAAGAGUUAGCAUAUGUAUUCCUCCCAAAAAUGCUCUUUUGUUGAUGAGGUGUAGAUCUGAUCCUGUUAAAAUGGCAGCUUUGGCUAAUCGUUUUUGGGAAUCACCUGUUCACAAAGACAAAUAUGAAGAAGAAGAACAGGAUGAAGAAGAUAGUGCACAAGAGGAGGAGGAGGAAGAGAAAGAGGAAGAGGAGGGUGAGAAAGAGGAAGAAGAAAGAAGUGGUGACAAAGAUCAAUAUAUUGAAAUGAAAAAAGAUGAAGAACAAGAGGGAGAAGAAAGAGAAGUUGGUAUAGAAAUCAAAGAUGGUGGCAUUUGUGAAGGACAAUCAAUAGAAACCAGCUCUGAGGCCACCGAAGAAGAGUGUGUAAUCACAUUCUUACAAAAAGAAGAAACUAAAGAGGAGCCGAACGAAAACUACGAAGAUGAAAGCAAAACAAAUCCAGAAAGCGAAGAUUUUGUUGAAGCAAAAGAUGAGGAAGAAAAUGGAAAUGCCAUGGACAAAGGGGAAACCUUUUCACGUGUGACUCAUUCAGAUCACGAGAAACCAGAAACUCGAGAAGAAGCGGUUCAGCUCCACGAUGGUGAAGAGCAAAAGGAGAUAGAAAACGACGAAAGCUCACCACUUUCUUCCUCCCCUGAAACGUUCACAGCUUCAGAACAUGAAAGCGACGAAGCAAAAGCAAUGGCUGAAGCAGAAGAGGAAGCAGUGAUGGCUGAAGCUGAAGCUUCAGCAGAAGGGUCAACGGAGGAGGAAGAAGAGAAAGGGACUACAGAGAGGGAACAAGCAGAAUCGACCCGUGACCCGAAUACGGAUCCGGAGUCAAAGGAGCGAGAAAACGGGUCAAAGAAAGGAGAGAGAGACAGAGAAACAUUACCAGAGUGCUUGUUGCUGAUGAUGUGUGAGCCCAAACUCUCAAUGGAAGUGUCCAAGGAAACAUGGGUUUGUAGCACCGACUUCAUACGGUGGCUUCCGGAAAGACCCGCCGGGAAAAUUGCCGGCGGUGGGAAAAGGGUGGGCGUCGACUCCUCCAACAAACCGAAGCUGAAGCCGUCGGCGCCGCCUCCCCAGCCGCUGAUGCAGCCGCCGAGGUCUUCAUGUUCUUUUCCGGCUGCGGGGGGCGUCGCCGGCAUGUCCAUGGCGACGAUGAUUGAGCAGAAGCUGGUUGGGUCAAAAUCGAGUAAUGGGUACGAGCCGUUUGUUCUCACGCGCUGCAAGUCGGAGCCGAUGAGGUCUUCGGCUAAGCUGGCUCCCGAGGCUUGUUUUUGGAACAACAGGAAGCUGGAGCCGCACCCUCCUCCGGCUCAGCUCGGAGUCGGCGCGCCUGCUGGUGUUGGAUUUUAAUUUUUGUUUUCCUUUUUAAAAAUCUCAAAAUUUCCUUUUUUUUAAUUGACAGAAUAAUUAAUUGUUGUUAUUAUGUGUAGAUUAUUGCUAAACCUUUGUCAGCUUUGGUAAGUUAGGGAUUGAUUAUAUAGUGAUUUUGCUGUUUUUAGAAUGUAAUCCUUUGUAUAAAUAUUUUUAGUGAUGCUAUUUGUUUUUGGCCCCAUUACUCCUUAUCAUUAUAGUAUUUCAUAGUUGGAAUCAAUGGACAAGAUAAU